ACAUGAAAUGUUCAAUUCCUGGAUGUGGUACGUUUGGAAGACGGCGUAUACCAAAAAGAGCCCUUGAAUCAGUGAAGCUCACGUACCCCACGGCUUGGAUUACCAAUGACUCGAGAGUAUGCGACACCCACCAACAGCGGUACAAGAACUCUCUUUUGGAGGGAAUCAGAUUCGCCACCAUAAAGAAUUCUGCGCGAAUGGUUCACCAAUACACUGGAUUACCUAAUGGAGAGGUAUUUCUUGCCUUGCUGAAGUUCCUCCGGUCUUAUCGCACCCAAACCUCCCUCACCUACGCUGUUACUGGCAACCAUCAUUCGACCCUCCUGUACGAGGACCAACUGCUCAUCACGUUGAAGAAACUGCGAGUUAAUCUUCCUGAUGAUAUUUUAGCUGUCGAUUUUCAGGUAUCGAGAUCACAGAUAACAUCGAUAUGGAGGUCCUGGCUGGAUAUCAUGGUCAACAAAUUCAAGACCCUGGUUGGCGACGAACUACCGUCACUAGCGAAGUGCCAGAAAGCCAUGCCUGCAUGCUUCGCUUCCCAUCCCAACACUAGGAUCGUGAUUGACUGUACCGAGGUCCCAAUUGAAGCUCCGUCCAACAUUGAGUCGAGCGCCAAAUGUUACAGCCAUUAUAAGUCUACGCACACAGCCAAGUUACUAAUCGGAAUUGCGCCCAGUGGGGUAAUCACAUAUGUCAGCCGCUGUUACCCUGGUGGCACAACCGAUAAGGAAAUUGUAGUGGAUAGUGCCAUACUGCAGAAGGUGACUGUUGGUGACAACGUGAUGGCUGACAAGGGGUUCCUCAUUCACGACAUUUUGCCCGAAGGAGUUACACUAAACAUCCCAGCGGGGAUGUGGGGCAAGACUCAGUUCACGCCGGAAGAAGUAGCAGCCAGCAGGAAAGUCAGCAUCGCCCGCAUCCACGUGGAACGCUCUAUUGGCUAUCUGAAGCGGUACAAGAUUUUGGGAAACAAAGUUGUGGCGAAGAUGUUGCCUUAUCUGAGCGACAUCGCAUUCGUGUGUGCCCAACUGGUCAAUUUGAACCCUGUUUUUUUAAGGGAGGUGGACAACGAUUUUUUUAAAAUGACCAGGGCUACUUGAAUAAAUAAAAAAUUAUGUUAUUAUUCUGUUCCUGACUGGACGAUAAGCACCACAGUCAGUUGGAGGUAUAUUUUAUUUAAACCUGCUAACUGCAGGUAUAUUUUAUUUAAACCUGCUAACAUUUCUUGUCAGAGAAUUCG